UAUUCGCCAUCGAGGGUUUAGCAUCGCAGGUCUUUUUCUCCCUUCUCGGCUCGAUUCGACUCUUCUCCGAUCAAUGGCGCCAUCGAUCCAGCAAGUCAAGGCGCGCACCAUCUUCGACAGCCGCGGCAAUCCCACUGUGGAGGUCGAUGUUGUGUUGUCUGAUAAAUCGUGUUACAGAGCGGCUGUGCCCAGCGGCGCCUCCACUGGGGUGUAUGAGGCUCUGGAGCUUCGCGAUGGAGGAAAAGACUACAUGGGAAAGGGGGUUUCAAAGGCUGUGAACAAUGUGAACGCGAUCAUUGGGCCUGCUCUUGUUGGAAAGGAUCCGACCGAUCAAACUGGUAUUGACAACUUCAUGGUUCACGAGCUCGAUGGAACACAAAACAAAUGGGGCUGGUGCAAGCAGAAGUUGGGGGCCAAUGCUAUUUUGGCCGUGUCUUUGGCCGUGUGCAAGGCCGGAGCUGGCGUUUCCAAAAUCCCUUUGUACCUGCACAUUGCCAACCUUGCCGGAAACAAGAAGCUUGUGCUUCCCGUUCCUGCCUUUAAUGUUAUCAACGGCGGCUCACACGCCGGCAACAAGCUUGCAAUGCAGGAAUUCAUGGUUCUGCCUGUUGGAGCUUCUUCGUUCCGAGAGGCCAUGAAGAUGGGAGCUGAAGUCUACCAUAGCCUGAAGGCUGUUAUCAAGAAGAAAUAUGGCCUAGACGCCACUAAUGUAGGAGACGAGGGUGGUUUUGCUCCAAGUAUUCAGGUAAACUGUUGUUUUCUCGUCGUUUUAAAUUUUUAUGUUGUGCCUUCGAUUUGCUUACAGGAAAAUAAGGAAGGUCUGGAACUGUUGAAGACUGCUAUUGAGAAGGCUGGCUACACCGGAAAGGUUCUCAUUGGUAUGGAUGUUGCUGCAUCCGAGUUUUACAACGAAAAGGACAAGCAGUACGAUCUUAACUUCAAGGAGGAGAACAACGACGGCAGCGAGAAGAUUUCCGGUGACAAGCUCAUCACACUCUACGAGUCCUUCAUAAAGGAUUAUCCUAUUGUGUCUAUCGAGGAUCCUUUCGACCAAGACGAUUGGGAACACUACGCCAAGUUUACUGCUAAAGUCGGGAAGGAUGUCCAGAUUGUUGGUGACGACUUGCUGGUUACCAAUCCGAAGCGUGUGCAACAAGCGAUCUCUGAGAAAUCUUGCAAUGCUCUCCUGUUGAAGGUCAAUCAAAUCGGAACCGUGACAGAAAGUAUUGAGGCUGUGAAACUCUCUAAGCAAGCUGGUUGGGGAGUAAUGACCAGUCAUCGCAGUGGUGAGACAGAGGAUACAUUCAUUGCAGAUCUUGCUGUCGGGCUGGCAACUGGUCAGAUCAAGACGGGAGCUCCAUGCCGAUCUGAGAGGCUUGCGAAAUACAAUCAGCUUUUGAGGAUUGAGGAAGAGCUGGGAGACGCGGCUGUAUAUGCUGGCGCUAACUUCCGCAAGCCCGUGGAACCAUACUAGAGUUUGAGGCGGCGCUAUUUAAUCAACAAGCACAAGAAUAAUCUUCUCUUUUUGCUGUUCUCGUCCUCGUCACAAUUUUCCUGCAAUAACGACGAGUGAUCCAAAACUUUAAAGGGAAAUACAAAUUUUCUUAAAAACUAAGUUUUAAAAGUU